CCUUGGCUUUGAAGCUUUGUUUUUACAGAAUAUUUUGUGUUCUUGAAAGUUGGAAUUUUUGCUGAUAUUGUCUCUAUGUACCCUAUCUGCUAAAGGUGUUAUAGAUUGGUUACUUAUUAAGUGGUUUCCAAUUGAUAAGUCUGAAAUGUUUCCAGCUUCCUGUUGUACUCAUAUACCAAGGUAGUCGAUAUUGAUUUGUCCUGUGUUGCAGUCCCUUAAGGAUUUUAAGAUAUUAAUAACUUUUGAAAUUGUUUCUGUAACCUAUACCAUUUGAAGUUUUUUGAGGAAGCUGAAUUAAGCUGCAAUGGGGUUGCUCAGUUGUGCUUUGGCAUUUGGCUGCCUAGGUUUAUGUCUGCCGAGUUAUGUGUCAAAACAUUUAAUCAUGGUGUUUAUGCAGGUCGUUGCUUUUGGCAGGUGAGACUUCUAGUUGGAUUAGACAUUGCCCAGUCGUUAAACGAUUGUGAAGUGUGAUCAGCAUCUAGUCUCCUAAUUGAUUCAUAUUACAUUGCACCAUGGAGAAAAUCAGAAACAAAAGUUGGGUUGGGAGCAUAUACCACAAGUUCGAGGCUGUGUGCCAGGAGGUUGAUGAAUUUGUAACCAAGGACACAGUUAAGUAUGUUGGGGAUCAGGUGCAAACUGUUGGUGCAAACAUGAAAAAGUUAUACUCUGGUGUAGUGCAAGAUCUUCUUAUCCCAAUGGACGAUAAUGUAAAAGGAGAAGCACAAGCUGUCAAUGGGAAGCCAAAGCAUGCCGUUGACACUUACACUAGUUCAGUGACAGACACUACACUGAACCCUAGCAAAGAGCAAUCAUAUCUGAAUCAAGGUGCGGACAAUUCCAUCGAAAGCCAUAAUGCUUCAACUUCAACUGAACUUGAUGGUGUGGUAGCAUCUGAAGAAGCAGAAAUUGAUUUUUGUAAAAACUCACAUAAGGUUUUUAAAGAGAAUAUAACAAGGGAGGACGCACUGAUAGAUGAUGAAUCAAGUACUUCGGAAGACAGAAUUUCAUCUGAAUCUUGCUCUGACAAAGAUUCAAAAGAUACCAUGUGCUAUAGCUUUUCAGAUGAUGAUAAGUGCUUUUUUGAUGUAUCAAGCUCUCAGAUUAUACUACAAGAUGAUAUCGUCAAGGAGGAACAACCAAUGGCUGAAGGAUCAAGUUCAUUUCUGGAUAAUUUGUCUAGAUCACAACUCAGGGCUUCUAAGAAUGAUCAAACGUUUGAUAGUUCUCCCGAUGAUAUCAACUGUAUUUCUAAUAUACCAAGUAGUCAGACGGAUUUGCAAAGGAACUUUGCUAGGGAGGUGCAACCAGUCACAGAUCAAUCAAAUUCUUUUGGAGAUAUACCAUUUUCAAUGGGGGAAAGACAUGGAAAUUCCAUCACGGCUAAGUUACCACAUCCAACUUCACUUUAUGAUGCAGAACUUGGGAUCUUCCAAGAGGAUAAGAGAGGAUGCGAUGCUGCUAAGGGCAUUUCCAAUAUUCCACUAACUCAGACGAACUUGCAAGACAAUAUCACCAGUGAGGAUCAACUUGCAUCCGAUGAAUCAAGUUCUGCCAAUGGUAAAAGUUUGCCGCAAACCUCAGCAUUUGUGUCUGAUAUACCUCCAACUUCACGAAAUGAUGCAGGAUUUGGGUUGUCCAUGACCGCGCGUAAGAGUUUUUCGGAUGAUUUUACUUGUGUUUCUGAAAAGUCAAGUACGGUCUGGGCAUUUGAAGAUGCUCCAAGCACAUUACAGUCAUCCGAACUUAUACUUUCUCGAGUUCAGGGUAAUGAAAGCGGAGUAUCAAACUCUUCGCUGUUAGCAGAAUCUUCAAGCCUGUCAAAUUCCUCAAUUGGAAACUGUACGCAGGAAGCUGAGUCUGAUUCUAGUAUCUCCACUGGCCUCUCGUUUUCCUUGUCUACUUCUUUAGCAAGUGCAAGCAAUGUUGUUUCUGUCAUUUCAGCUCUCUCAAGUACUCCAUUGUUGACAGAUUUCAGUGGAUGUAUGAAUGAUAGCUCCAUUGAUCUUCCGGACAUGGAAACAAUUGAUCUAACUGAUAAGGGAAAGCUCAAGGAAAGCUGUGUCCUCGUUGACAAUAAAUUACACAAUCGCGUUUCUUUUAGGCCAAGGAAAUAUAAGUCGUACAAGGAACUAAUACAGGAGGCAUUUGCUUCUAGAAAGAGAUUGAUAAAGGAAUACAAACAAUUGGCUCUUUUGUAUGCAGACGUGGAUGUUGAAACGAGCCAGCACGCUGAGCUCUCUCAGUUACCUUCUCUUCCUUCACCAUGUUUACACUCAACAGAAUCGUCCACGUGCAAUAUCUGUGAAUCUGGGUGGGAGCUCCUGUAAAUGAGCCUUUUUUUUCCUGUGAAAACUGUCCCAUGUUAAUAAUUUUUGCUGAGAUCUCUCACUUUGUAAAGGUUCCAUAAAAUGGUUAGCUGCAAGUGAGCUAAUCGUUAUUCGUAUUUGUGAGAUAAAUGGUGGAAACUACAUCUUUUUUUUUUCUUUUUUUCUUUUUCCUUUUCGGGUUUGCUAAGGCUUUUGAGAUCAAUUUUGGAGAAAUGCCACUCUGCUCAAAUGAUGGUCUCAAUAUAUCAUACUACUAGUUGCCAUAA